AUGGACAGAGACCGUCAGUACCUCCGAACGAGGAUGGGAGGAACAGGAAUCACCUCCAUUUCGGACGACAUGUACAGCAUCAGCCGAGCGUCUGAGUGGCCCGAACGGGAGCGGGAUAGAGAGCUGCGGGACCUCGAGUUUCGACCGAGGGAGAGGGAAAGAGAGAGGGACCGUGAGCGUGAGCAGCCUAUCAAGUCUAUCUUACGGAAGCCGGUGCGGCCAGCCACCCGGCCCCGGCGCAACUCGGACACGUCCAUCACCUCGUCAAACACGCCUGCCGUGGGGAGCGACUCGGAGCUGGGUCGCCCUUCACCUCGCUUGAACUUGUCUCCUUUACCGCCUCUGCCACCCCAGACACCCUUACCACCCUCGCCGCCCCCCCCGUCCGCCUCGGCAACUACUCUCCCCAGGAGAGUCUUCAAGGCAAAGUUUCAAGGUGUCCCGGCCGAACGCCAAGGCGUCAUCAACUUGCGGUCGUCCCGUGCGUCUACAUCCAGUAUCCCGUCCAGCUACCACGUGCCUCCGGUACGGACCGUGCUUGCUCCCCACUACAUGCCCGAAAGCAGGCCCGUGGACCGCCACGGCCGCCGUGAGGCGCAUGACCGCCAUGACCGCCACGACUACCAGAACCAGGACCCAGAGCUUGAGUCUGUCUCCGAAUCGUCAGAUCUGUCAACUACGACUCAAGCAACAACCGUGGCCUCUGUCUCAUCUAACUACGACGCUGCCAGCGAUGUGACACCAACAGAAGCCAACGCCAAGUCGACGCCGUCCGUUCGCUUCACCCCCAGUGUCGUCGGCUCUGGCUCCAGUGUGGCUAGCUUGCCAGCUUCCGGUCGCAAGGUCAAGCCGCGGCUAGGCACCCGAGCAAGGCCCCCAUCAGAGGCAGAUCGCACACUGGCCAAGAGCGGCAUCCGGACUAUGAAUGCCAAACUUCUUCCAUCAAGCGUGGGCUCGGAGGAGUCUGUAUGCCGCAGGGAAGUUGAUCAGAGCCAGAAAGACCUAGAACGAGACUUGCUGCACAAAAUCGAGCGGCUCGAGGCCGAGACGAGAGAGCUUCGCGACAGCCAUGCCAAAUUGGCCAGACAGCUUGACGACAGCUCGUCUCGGCUCUCGUCUUCGACCCUGGAGAAGGGCGCUGCCGAGAGGGAGCGCGACGUUGAGCGGAGCAGCAAGGAUCAGGCCCUGGCCAUACUGCAGGAGCAAGGCGCCGUUCUCGACGAGCUUCGCAGCAACACCGACCUGCAAAAGGGCAUGCUCGACGAGCUCGAGAAGGAGCGAGAUUCUGAACGUGCCCACAAGACAGAGUUGCAAUCUGAACUUGUUGCCACCAAGAAAGUCCUCGAUGAUUUCAGAUGCACCUUUGAGCUCCAGAAAGUCAUGCUCAUCGAGGCAGAGAAAGAGCGUGACGAGAUUCUGGAGGCCAGGGACAGCUUUGAAGACAAGUAUAUGAUGCUGGAGAAGGACUUCAAGAGGCUGCAGGAUGAUCGAGAUGCGCACGAGACCGUGCUCCUUCAGCGAAUCACCGCACUGCAGAUCACGAGGGACGCACUAGAAGGGCAGCACGGCAACAGGGCCCAGGAAAUUGCCGACUUGAUUCUCGACCGCGACAACCUGGGAUCGGAGUUGGGGGACCUUGUGGCCAAGGUGGCAACGCUUAGUGAAGAGAAGGAAGCGGCAGCGGAGGAGCAGAAGAGGAUCAUGAGCGACAUUGACGACGAGAAGCAAAAACUUGUGGCGGAGGCUGAAGAAGGACAACGCGCCCUGGAAACCCGUGUCAGCGAGCUUGUGAAAGAGAAGGAUGACCUGAUUGCAGCUGAGGCGGCAGUCAGGGAGGAAAAUGCAGAACUGCAGGGGAGGGCCGAGGCAGGUGUAGGCGAGAUCAGCAUUCUUAGGUCACGGGCCGAAGAGCUCGAGUCGCUUUCGUCCGACCUCAACGCCAAGAUCGCCAGUUUAGAAGAGCAACUGACGACAACAAGAAGCGAGGCCAACGACCUCAAGAUGCAGAUUGAAGUCCUUGAAUCCGACAAGGCAGGGCUUCAGAAGCAAAUAGAAGAGCUCGAGGCCGAGAAGACAGACAAACAAGCACUGCUCGACACACUCAACACUGAUCUCGCAGGGUCCAAGGCCGCCAACGUGUCGCUGGCAACGCAGAAACUUGACCUGGCGGGUGACAUGGCCGAGACACAAGAAGCCUUGGACGCCGCUAGAGCAGAGAUCGAGAAGCUCGCCGCCGAGAAGACCGUCCUGGCGACCGAAGCAGGCAAAAUUGCUGGCCUAGAGAGCGCGGAGACUGAACUUGUUGGCAAAGUCGCGGAGCUGGAAUCAACGAUCUCUGACUUGGAGACGAAGAUUUCGGAUCUCCAAAAUGAGGCCGACCGGAUCCCAAGUCUGCUCGGUGAGAAGGAGAAGACCGAGACCGAGGUCGCCGGGCUUGAGGGAAAGGCUGCCGAACUCGAGGCAAGGAUUGCUGAGCUCCAGGACGAGGCCGACAAGCUUCCUACCCUCGAAGCGGCCAAGUCUGAUCUCGAAAGCAGGGUUGCCGAACUGCAGGCCAAGGUCGCUGGGCUCCAGGCAGAGGUUGACCGGGAUCCCGACGCGGCGGUCGCAGCACUGAAAGCUGAGCUCGAAGCCAAGGGAGAGGAAAUCACGCGCCGCAUGGAUGAACUGACGGCCAUGACCGACAGUAACUCGUCAUUAUCAGCACAACUGGGUGCAACACGGCAACAACUCGACACAUUGCAACGCAACCUUGACACCGUGACAAUGUCUUACGAUUCUGCCACAGGCCAUGUCAUUGACCUCCAGCAGCGCGUCGAACAGUUGGCCGCGGGUUCUCGCAGGGCCAGCCGAUCACGCACCUCGUCGCCACAAAAAAAGGACAAGGAUGCCAGCAAGCGGGACAAGCAGCUCGUAGCUGUGCGGAAUCCGGGUGACAGGGGGGCAGUGUCAGUCAUGCUCCAGAUUGCAGCGUGCAUUUGA